AUGGAUAUUGAGUUGACAGUCAAACGGUUGAAUAAAAGACAAACAAAUCGAGCAAAUCCAUUGUCUGAUCAAAAAAUGGAUGCGGAAACUUACUACAAAAUAACUGUUUUUAUACCAUAUGUUGAUUAUUUCAUAACUGAAUUGGAAAAUAGAUUUUUGGCACACUCAGACAUUUUCAAAGGGUUUGAGAGUUUAUUUUCUUCUAAUACAAUUUUGACUGAAGUUGAAGAAACUUCAUUUAAGAAAUUGGUUGAAUUUUACAAACCAGAUGUGGAAAACUUAAAAAUUUUACUGGUUGAGCUAAAGUUGUGGAGGCUCAAUUUAAGCAGAUCAUCUUAUACUGUAUCAAAAUCAGCUCUUCAAGCGCUUAUUGAAUGUGAUGCUAAUCUAUUUCCUAAUAUAUUUAUAUUAAUCAAAAUUUUAUGUACAUUGCCUGUAUCCACUACAACACCUGAGCGGAUGUUUUCAUCCCUAAAAAGAAUAAAAACAUAUUUAAGAAAUACCAUGUCUGAAGAUCGAUUGAAUGGAUUAACUAUGUUGGCUGUCCACAAAAACGUACACAUUGACACAGAGGAGAUAAUAAACGAGUUUGCCAAAAAACCUAGGAAAUUGGAUUUUAUUUGUUGGAAUUAUGUUUAA